UGGUAAUCGUGUCUUCCGAGAAAAGCCGAGGUCUCAGGGGAGGUAAUAGAAACAGGUACGAAGACAAACACUUCAGCUGAGACACUUCAUCUAACAGAAUGGCGAGGUUCUUUGAUCAGCAGAAGAUUGACGAAUUUAAAGAGUGCUUCUACUUCCAUGCACGGAAAGGCUUUAUCCAGCAAGAGGGAGACUUGAACAUCAUCAUGAGGUCCCUGGCCUAUAGUCCCACCAGACAGGAAGUCCACAAUUACUAUGUGAAGUGUUCAUCUAAAGACCCCAACACCCCAGGCCGGAUCGACUUUGCCUCCUUCUUGGACGUGAUGCAUGAGCACAGUGAGGUGGAGAACUGCGAGACUGAGAUGCUGCAGGGAUUCCGGGCACAGGAUGAUGGCAAGAGGGGAACUGUGUCUGCCACAGAAAUGAGACACAUCCUGAUGACCAUGGGAGAAAAGCUGAGUAGGAAUGAAGUGGACAGCCUCUUCCAGGAGAACGGCUUGAACCCACGCGCCGAGGUGCAAUACCAGAGGUUUGUAGACACCAUCAUGACGCCAUCACCAGACUACUAGACUUCCUCCAACUUCAGUCACAUUGACUAAACAAGAAUCGCCUCUGAUGGAGACAGACAACAGCAUCAUCAAAGAACGUUCAGCAUUCAGCAAGGCAUCAUUGCUGCUGAUUCUGGCUUACAUUCCACAGUGUGGCAGCACUUGAUGAGGCAAUGCAAUUAGGUUGUGAACAUUCAUCAUUGUUUAUCAAACACUACAUUGAAGUUAUACAGCACUACAUAAUUCCACUGUAUAUUGAUCAUGGUAAUACACAGGUUGGGGCGUGGAUGGACGUCAGGCUGUAUGUAAUUCAUUACCACCUUUCUAUUAACAAUCAUAGUUAAAUCUGUAUGCUGUAAUAUAUGAUAUGUGAUAUAUCUUCAUUAAAUCUAUGCAAUGCCA